GUUGCUGCCAUGGCGACCAUUGCUCCACCCGUCACAUUUAUUCUCCUGCUGCUCCAACUGGCGGGUGGCUCAUUCCCAGAGGAACCCAGUCCGCUCAGCUACAUCCCUGUAGAGGUUGUGCGGAGGUAUCCAGUGUUCUUGGGCCGAGCUCAUCGUUCAGCUCAGAGACAGGAUCUGCACGUCCAGACGGUCCUCCAAGUCAACCGCACGCUCUACAUAGGAGCCAGAGAUGACUUGUACAGAGUGGAAUUGGAUAAUAUGGCAGGUGAUGAGAUGUUCUACAGCAAGAAACGAACAUGGGAAUCCAAUAAGAACGACAUUCGAGUGUGCCGGAUGAAGGGAAAACAAGAGGGAGAGUGCCGUAAUUUCAUCAAGGUGUUGCUCAGCCAGCAUGGUGGCCUGUUUGUAUGUGGGACAAACGCCUUCAACCCACUGUGUGCCAACUACACUAAAGACACUCUAGAAAUGGUGGGAGAGCCUGUCAGUGGGAUGGCACGCUGCCCUUAUGAUCCGCGACAUGCCAAUGUGGCUCUAUUUGCAGAUGGAAGUCUCUUUACUGGCACUGUGACAGACUUCCUGGCCAUCGAUGCGGUGAUCUAUCGUAGCCUCGGCGACAGCCCCGCCCUCCGCACGGUCAAACACGACUCCAAAUGGUUCAGAGAGCCCUACUUUGUGAGCUCCAUGGAGUGGGGGCCUCAUAUUUAUUUCUUCUUCAGAGAGAUGGCCAUGGAGUUUCACCAUCUAGAGAAGGUGAUGGUCUCUCGUGUGGCUCGUGUGUGUAAAGCAGACCUGGGUGGCUCUCAGCGCGUCCUCGAGAAACAGUGGACCACAUUUCUGAAGGCGCGACUCAACUGCUCCGUGCCGGGAGAUUCACACUUUUACUUCAACCUCUUGCACGCCACAAGCAAAAUCAUCCACAUGCAGGGACGAGACGUCAUGCUGGGUCUCUUCUCCACGCCACCUAACAGCAUCCCCGGCUCUGCCGUGUGUGUGUUUGACAUGCAGCAGCUCGCUCACGUCUUUGAGGGCCGGUUCAAAGAGCAGAAAUCCCCCGAGUCUAUUUGGACUCCCGUGCCGGACGAUGCGGUGCCGAAACCGAGACCAGGAGGGUGUGCAGUGCAGGGAUCCAGAUAUAGCUCUUCCAACAUGCUGCCUGAUGAAGUACUGAACUUUGUGAAGACCCACCCACUGAUGGACGAGACCGUUCCACUCCUGGGGCACAGACCUUGGGUGGUCAAGACUAUGGGACGGUACCAGCUGACAACCAUGGUGGUGGACACUGAAGCUGGUCCCCAUAAGAACCGCACCGUCUUGUUCCUGGGCUCGACCCGAGGAACCAUCCUGAAGUUUCUGAUCAUUUACAGUGGAGAUUCUGUCUCCCACGGCAGUGUGUUUCUGGAGGAGGUGGAAGGAUUCAACCCAGAGAAGUGUGGGGAGGACUCUCCUCCGGCUCGUCAGCUCUUGUCUCUGUCGUUGGACCGGACCAGUCACACUCUGCUGCUGGCCUUCCCCUCCUGUCUGGUCCGGAUGCCCACAUCUCGCUGCCACCUCCACUCACGCUGCAUGAAGAGUUGUCUCGCCUCCAGGGACCCGUACUGUGGCUGGACCCGAGGCAGCACCUGCUCCUUCCUGAGACCAGGCACACGGCUUCCUUUUCAACAAGAUGUGGAAUAUGGAAACACCACCUCCCAUCUAGGCGACUGCGAUGGAAUUCUGCAGCAGAGUUUGCUGAUUGAACCGGAGAGCUUGGUCUCCCUCAACCUGCUGGUGGCGUCUGCUGUGUCCGCUUUCACCAUCGGGGCGGCGCUCUCUGGCCUCGCCGUCUGCUGGAUCAUGGCCCAUAAACCUACCAACCGUCGCCACGGCAACACCUCCCAGUCCUCUAUCCAGCGGCGUGAAAGAGGCCUGCUGAAUAACGGCGCUGACAUGGGAGGCUCCGUGCUCAGUGUGACACGACAGGGAGGUGGGGACCGCCCCUGCACUCAGGGCGGGGAAACCCUGUUUGUCAUGCCCAACGGAUGGGUGAAGUCAGGAGAGCUCGACCCGGGUUUCCUGCCAACCCCGGAGCACACGCCCCAGCAGAAACGCAGAGGCCUACGACUGUCCGACUCCAACUCUGGAGGGUGGGACACCAGCCAGACGUACCUGGGGGGCGGCUCAGUCGGUCUGGGCUCUCCCUGCCGCAUUCCCCCCUCCGUCUACCUGACCACCAGACUCUUUCAGCAGGGGGGAGGCGGGAGACACAGUGGUGAGAGCCGGGUAAAUGAUAUGCCACGCCAGCACUACGUCUGCCUGAGCAGGCAAGAAAAAGGAGUGAAGGGGACGCCCAAAGCCCCUCUCCGGAAAUCCGCAGGAGAAUAUGUAUACCCCAUGACCCCCCAGGACUCGCCUGAGCGCCGGAGGGUGGUUUCAGCCCCCAGCGCCCCCAUGGGGUAUGGCGAGCCGCUGCCUUUGCGCUGGCCGGCCCCGGAAGGAUACAUCCUAAGCAGCCACGGCAUGGUCCCCGUCCCCCAACCUCCACCCACCAUGCCCGUUCCCAGUGGCCAGACCUACAUGUCCCAGCAACACCCCCCCGGGCUGAGCAGGGCUCUGCUGAGAGGGGCCCUGGAGCGAGGGGAGCUGGGCGAGCUGGUGGAUCUCAGCCAGCUGAUGAGUAAGAAGAACUGCAGCGAUAGGACUCAGACUGGCCAGUGA